AUGAACGGCGCUGGCUCGCCGAGCGCUCGACUGGCCUAUCAGACGGCGGGCCUAACGGCUCUCUUCGGGGGUCCUAAGAGGGCGCCCGGGGGCCAGCCCCGCCAGCCUCACCUCCGGAGCACAGAUGAGAGCUGUUCGCUCAGGGCUCCUCUCUCCUCACUAAAGUGGUUUCGUGGUUUUUCAUCCACUUCUUUCCUGUCUCGUGUGACUGUGCGUAAUCGUCCCGGCCAUGGUGUGCGCCUCCCCCUGGGGAGCCUGCUCCCCGCGGCGCUCCUCGCGGUUGUCCUCCUCCUGUCCCCCUGCCGGGGGUCCGAGUACGAGUACGGCUGGAAGCCGGACGGCUACAACGGCGGCGGCGGCGGCCGCAGCUACGGCAAACCCCCGCAGUGCGUGGACAUCCCCGAGGACCUGAGGCUCUGCUACAACGUGGGCUACACCCAGAUGCUGCUGCCCAAUCUGCUGGACCACGAGACGCUGGCCGAGGUGAAGCAGCAGGCGGGCAGUUGGGUGCCCCUGGUCUACAAGAACUGCCACCCGGGCACGCAGGUCUUCCUGUGCUCGCUGUUCGCCCCCGUGUGCAUGGACCGCCCCGUGUACCCGUGCCGCUGGCUGUGCGAGGCGGUGCGCGACGGCUGCACGCCCAUCAUGGAGUCGUUCGGCUUCCCUUGGCCCGACAUGCUCACCUGCGAUCGGUUCCCCGCAGGUGACGUGUGCAUCGCCAUGACGGCGCCCAACGCCACCCAGGCCACCCACCCCACAGGUUUCUCUCAGGUCUGUCCUCCAUGUGACAACGAAAUGAAGACAGACGCCAUCCUGGAACACAUGUGUGCCAGCGAAUUUGCCUUCAAGACCAAGAUCAAGGAGGUGACACAGGAGAACGCCGACCGCAAGGUGGUCCUGCAGAAGAGGAAGAAGUCUGUGAAGGCCGGGAACCUGAAGAAGAAGGACCUGAAGAAGCUGGUCCUGUACCUGAAGAACGGGGCGGACUGCCCCUGCCAACAGCUGGACAACCUGACCAGCCACUACCUGAUCAUGGGGCGCAAGGUGGACAAACAGUACCUGCUCACGGGCAUCCACAAGUGGGACAAGUCCAGCAAGGAGUUCAAGAUGGCCAUCAAGAAGCUGAAGACGCACCAGUGUCCCAGCUUUGAGAACGUCUUCAAAUAAUGCCCCUUAAGUUACCCCCCCGAACACCCCUCUCCUUGUUCGCAUCUCAUCCCACAUAAGAACUUGCACAACCUUUUAAGAAAGAAACCCAAAUGUUGUCUUUUUAUUUUUUCCUUUUAUAUAUCUAUAUAUCUUUGUAUAUUUUACACGUAUACGUUGACAUUUGGUCGUCUGCCGUCUGCUGAUCUUUGACCUCCAUUUAUAGGGACGUUUUGUCUGGUUGCUAUUCCCUAAAUGAACACUGUUGUCCGUCGACGCGCUGACUCACAGAAUCAUGUAUACUAUGAUAUCUACAUGUAGAUGUUGGUAUUAAAUACUUCCGGAAUUUGCCACAAAAGAUAUUCCUAAAAUAUGAAUGAAUGUUUGAAUCUUUCUCUUGCCCUUGAUCAUAAAACAUAGCUUUUGGAAACGAUUAUUAGAAAACAAUACUGAUUAUUUUAGCUUUAAAAGCCUCACUGUAGACUGACGCAGAGAGUAAUGUUAGCGUAUCUUAUGUCUUUACAAUAUAAGAGGGCCAGACCGAUGGGUUUGGUCAAUGUUACAACGUAUUAUUGCUGUUCUUACUGUCACUAUGACUUGUAGGUUUCAUGUCAUUUUACAUCGUUAAACUUUCCAUAUCUACAAACCGCUUAUCAGAUGAUCUCACAGUCAAGGCCUACAGUUGAAACAUUAGAUUGGGGUUACCGCAGAACCAUCAGAGAUCAUCAACAAGACUAUCACAUCAUGUUAACAGCUGACCAGUAGAAACAGAACUGAGAGAAGAUGUCUACGACUUUGUCCUGAGGAACGCAUCGAAUUUCCUGUCACAGUCGAUGUUUUCAAUUGACACAAAGCCAAAUUUAGUGUUGUCUACUUUUGCUUGUCUUGUUGAAAAUAAUCGGAGCAGAAGUACUUAGCAUCUUGUGUUAAUAUAAAUAACUCAAGCUUCUUAAAAAACACAGUAUGGACUCGCAGAAUGACUACGCGCAAGCAGAGAGCUCACAGAGUACGAAGCCAGAAUGUUGCCAGCUCAUUGUACCACUAUUCUGCCCUGAGAUUUAAAUGUUCGCAGUGCAUUUCUGCGUAUUACCUGUACAUAUAAAUUUUACAUAAAUAUGGGAAGAAAGAAAA